UUUGGCUCGCGCUGACGCGUCGCGUGCGGGACUUUAACGCGUGAUGCUGCUCACGUCUCCGACGCAUUUAACCACCAGCAGGACCGUCAGCCGCAGGAAACCGUACGACUGAAAUGGAGGGAUCCAGCGUCUGAGCGCUUUCGAUUCGCAUCGGAUAAAGUUGAGUUUGUGUGAUUCUCCCCCUUUUUUCUGCCUCACGAUGGACCUCCCGCAGUGUUUGGUGUCCGUGUACCUGUUGCUGGUGUCCCUCGCUCAGUGUCAGCACUAUUACCUCCUCAGACCCAUGCCAAGUGACACUUUACCCCUGCUGGAGCUCAAGGAGGACCCCGACCCCAUCUACGACCCGCGGGGGGAGGACAUAAACGAGACCGAGCUGAGAAGCGCGCUCGGGGACUUUGACAGCCGCUUCCUGUCCGUCAGCCCUCCUCAGGACCGCUACACGGGCAACGAGGACCGGGACGAGCUGGACCUCCAGCAGCAGCACCCCACCGGGCUGAUGCCCAAAGACAUCAAGAACCUGUAUCUGGACGUGCAGUGGGGCAAGAAGCGCAACGCCAGCAAUAAGCUGAAGCGCAGGCUGCAGAUGUGGCUGUGGUCCUACUCGUUCUGCCCGGUGCUGUACGCGUGGAACGACCUCGGCGCGCGCUUCUGGCCGCGCUUCGUGCGCGCGGGGAGCUGCUACAGCAAGCGCUCGUGCUCGGUGCCGGAGGGGAUGGCGUGCAAACCGGCCAAAUCCACGCACAUCACGCUGCUGCGGUGGAGGUGCGUGCAGAGGCGAGGCGCGCUCAAGUGCGCGUGGAUACCGGUGCAGUAUCCCAUCAUAACAGAGUGCAAAUGCUCGUGCGCGAACUGACCAAUCACAAAUGGAACUCAAAACUUCGAUCAAAUGCUAAUUUCUGGAAAAAGGAAAAAAGUACACAGACUAAUAAGAACUGUCUUAUUUCUGGACAUUAACUGCAGCUGAUGCUGAUUGUGGAAAACUAUUACUGUACACAGUUUGAUCUGAUACAUAUUUCUAGAUUUUAGUUUUAAAAACUCUUGAAACAUUGAUUGAAUUGAAAUGAAAUUUAAUCUCAUACAUAUCUCUGGAAGUUACGAAAAAAUGUUUUAUUUUGUAUUUUGGUAAUACUUUGUUAACUUUAAGUCAUUAACAAAAGUAAUGCUGAAGAGGUCAAUAAGUAUACUCUCUCUCUCACACACACACA